UAUGUUAUAGAACUUUUAACGCAUUGUGAAAACAAUAUUUCGUAUAGGCAAAACGUUUUCAAGUUAUUAUUUAAUUAAUUAAACAAAAAAUGUCAGAAACAAGCUCCAAGGAAAAUGUGAAGACCGCAAUGACUUAUAUUUGUGGCGAAUGUCAUCAUGAGAACGAGAUGCGUCCACGUGAUCCCAUACGUUGCCGCGAGUGUGGCUACCGCAUCAUGUACAAGAAGCGCACCAAGCGUCUUGUCGUCUUUGAUGCACGAUAAAGUUGUCUGAAUGCGAGUAUGGAAAACUAACAUAGAAUUUAGCUUGUAAUUGGAAAACAUAUAUAUUAAUAAAUAUAAGGAAUUGUAAGCGGA